AUGAGAAGUGAAGGCCUACAAUGCUAUACCUGCAUGGGUUCUAGUGAUGAAGACUGCAAUCGUCAGGGCUCAAAAACCUGUCCAAGCUACUCUGAUGCCUGCGCUGUAGUACGAGGACAGGGAAGCGGAGUGAUGAAGUCCUGCUCCUACAAGUCUUUCUGUAGCCAGGCCAACAGUCAGGGUUACCGGUCACCAGGGGUCAGAGUUCACUGCUGUUUCUCUGAUGACUGCAACGUGACAGGAAACGUAUCCAAGCUGGAAGGAAGUCUCAGCUACCUGUUGCUCCUCCUUCCCCUGCUCCUCCACUGGAUCUCAAGCUAAACAUAUAACCCAGCACAAACCAACAGCCAUGCCAACUACCCUACCCCCCUUCGCUACCCUACUCUCAAACUAAACCCAGCACAAACCAACAGCCAUGCCAACUACCCCAUCUACCUCCCUUCCCUACUCUACUCUACCCGACUCAAACCCCACCUCUCCAAGCCUCAGCUACCAUCCCCACUCUGGCCGACUACGCCAUCUAACUCUGCCUAUCUAAAGUAUCUAAAGUAACACACAAUAAAAUAACCAUUGAUAUCACCAUAUAACCAACCCAGAACAAACCAACCCAAACCAACCUAACCUACAACAAACCCA